ACCGCACACAGGAGCUCACACACACACGCGCGCACCCCCGCGCGCGCGCCCACUGGGUCUCCAGGCGGCGGCCGCGGCCGCAUCUCCGGCAGCAGCUCCGGGCAAAGUGACAGAGUCACCAGAUUCACUGAGGAGCACUUCAGGCUUCACUCACCCUGGUCUGGGAAUCCUUCAUCUCUGAGAUUAGAACCAAAAACACCCUCCUUGGUGGUCACAUCUGAAGAGGACAGUGCUGUAAUUGGACUAAGCAGACAUCGCUCUUAGCCAGCCCCCAGCCAUCUGAUGGAGCUUUGUACCACUUGCUCAGAAACAAGGUCUUCUGGGGCUCCCCUUCUCGCUAGUCCUAUCCCUGCAGUCCAGGGAGGUUUUUCCUCUACAGCAGCGUGACAGCUAAUCCUUCCCAGUUGCGUCUUGACUCUAAUCAUGGCCAAACCUUAUGAAUUUAAUUGGCAGAAGGAAGUUCCUUCCUUUUUGCAAGAAGGAGCAGUUUUUGACAGAUAUGAAGAGGAAUCCUUUGUGUUUGAACCCAACUGCCUCUUCAAAGUAGAUGAAUUUGGCUUCUUUCUGACCUGGAGAAGUGAAGGCAAGGAAGGCCAAGUGCUAGAAUGUUCCCUCAUCAACAGUGUUCGGCUGGGAGCCACACCAAAGGAUCCCAAAAUUUUGGCUGCUCUUGAAGCUUUUGGCAAAUCAGAAAAUGAUCUGGAAGGGAGGAUAGUUUGUGUCUGCAGUGGUGCAGAUCUGGUGAACAUCAGUUUCACGUACAUGGUGGCUGAAAAUCCAGAAAUAACUAAGCAAUGGGUCGAAGGCCUGAGAUCCAUCAUACACAACUUCAGGGCGAACAACGUCAGCCCAAUGACGUGCCUCAAGAAGCACUGGAUGAAAUUGGCAUUUAUGACCAACACAAAUGGGAAAAUUCCAGUUAGGAGUAUUACUAGAACCUUUGCAUCGGGGAAAACAGAAAAGGUGAUCUUUCAAGCACUCAAGGAGCUAGGUCUUCCCAGUGGAAAGAAUGACGAAAUUGAGCCUGCUGCAUUUACUUAUGAAAAGUUCUAUGAACUGACACAAAAGAUUUGUCCUCGGACAGAUAUAGAGGAUCUUUUCAAAAAAAUCAAUGGAGACAAAACUGAUUAUUUAACGGUAGACCAAUUAGUGAGCUUUCUAAAUGAACAUCAACGAGAUCCUCGACUGAAUGAAAUUUUAUUCCCAUUUUAUGAUGCUAAAAGGGCAAUGCAGAUCAUUGAGAUGUAUGAGCCUGAUGAAGAUUUGAAGAAACAAGGCCUCAUAUCAAGUGAUGGGUUUUGCAGAUACCUGAUGUCAGAUGAAAACGCCCCCGUCUUCCUAGAUCGUCUGGAGCUGUACCAAGAGAUGGACCACCCUCUGGCUCACUACUUCAUCAGCUCUUCCCACAACACCUAUCUCACUGGCAGGCAGUUUGGUGGGAAAUCGUCGGUAGAAAUGUACAGACAGGUCCUCCUGGCUGGUUGCAGAUGUGUUGAACUUGACUGUUGGGAUGGGAAAGGUGAGGACCAAGAACCGAUAAUAACUCAUGGAAAAGCAAUGUGCACAGAUAUCCUUUUUAAGGAUGUUAUUCAAGCCAUCAAGGAAACUGCCUUUGUCACAUCGGAAUAUCCUGUAAUUCUCUCCUUUGAAAAUCACUGCAGCAAAUAUCAACAGUACAAGAUGUCCAAAUAUUGUGAAGAUCUAUUUGGAGAUCUCCUGUUGAAACAAGCACUUGAAUCACAUCCACUGGAACCAGGCAGACCCUUGCCAUCCCCGAAUGACCUCAAAAGAAAAAUACUCAUCAAAAACAAACGACUGAAACCUGAGGUUGAAAAAAAACAGCUUGAAGCUUUGAAAAGCAUGAUGGAAGCAGGAGAAUCCGCUGCCCCAGUGAACAUCUUAGAGGAUGACAAUGAAGAGGAAAUAGAAAGUGCUGAGCAAGAGGAGGAAGCUCACCCUGAAUACAAAUAUGGAAAUGAACUUUCUGCAGAUGACUUGGGUCACAAGGAAGCUAUUGCCAAUAGUGUCAAGAAGGCUUCAGAUGACCUUGAACAUGAAAACAGCAAAAAGGGCCUGGUUACCGUAGAAGAUGAGCAGGCGUGGAUGGCAUCUUAUAAAUAUGUGGGUGCUACCACUAAUAUCCAUCCGUAUUUGUCCACAAUGAUCAACUAUGCACAGCCUGUAAAGUUUCAAGGUUUCCAUGUGGCUGAAGAACGCAAUAUUCAUUAUAACAUGUCUUCUUUUAAUGAGUCGGUCGGUCUAGGCUACUUGAAGACACACGCCAUUGAAUUUGUGAAUUAUAACAAACGGCAAAUGAGUCGCAUUUACCCCAAGGGAGGCCGAGUCGAUUCCAGUAAUUACAUGCCUCAGAUUUUCUGGAACGCUGGCUGCCAGAUGGUUUCGCUGAACUAUCAAACCCCAGAUUUAGCGAUGCAAUUGAAUCAGGGGAAAUUUGAGUAUAAUGGAUCAUGCGGGUACCUUCUAAAACCAGAUUUCAUGAGACGGCCCGAUCGAACAUUUGAUCCCUUCUCUGAAACACCUGUUGAUGGGGUUAUUGCAGCCACUUGCUCUGUGCAGGUCAUAUCAGGUCAGUUCUUAUCAGAUAAGAAAAUUGGCACAUAUGUGGAAGUGGAUAUGUAUGGGCUGCCCACGGACACUAUCCGAAAGGAAUUCCGCACUCGCAUGGUGAUGAACAAUGGACUCAAUCCAGUUUACAAUGAAGAAUCAUUUGUGUUUCGGAAGGUGAUCCUCCCUGACCUGGCUGUCUUGAGGAUUGCCGUGUAUGAUGACAACAACAAGCUGAUAGGCCAGAGGAUUCUGCCCCUGGACGGCCUCCAAGCAGGCUAUCGACACGUAUCCCUCCGAAAUGAGGGCAAUAAACCUUUAUCGCUGCCAACCAUUUUCUGCAAUAUUGUCCUAAAAACAUAUGUGCCUGAUGGAUUCGGAGAUAUUGUGGAUGCUUUAUCAGAUCCAAAGAAAUUUCUUUCCAUUACGGAAAAGAGAGCGGAUCAAAUGAGAGCUAUGGGCAUUGAAACUAGUGACAUCGCCGAUGUGCCCAGUGACACUUCAAAGAACGACAAGAAAGGGAAAGCCAACACAGCCAAAGCUAAUGUGACCCCUCAGAGCAGCUCGGAGCUCAGGCCAACCGCCACAGCUGCCCUGGGGGCUGGCCUGGAGGCCAAGAAAGGUAUUGAACUGAUCCCUCAAGUGAGGAUAGAAGAUUUAAAGCAGAUGAAGGCUUACUUGAAGCAUUUAAAGAAACAGCAGAAAGAGCUCAAUUCUUUAAAGAAGAAACAUGCAAAGGAACACAGUACCAUGCAGAAACUGCAUUGCACUCAAGUUGACAAGAUUGUGGCCCAGUACGACAAGGAGAAGCUGACGCAUGAGAAAGUCCUGGAGAAGGCGAUGAAGAAGAGAGGGGGAAGUAAUUGUCUUGAAAUGAAGAAAGAAACAGAAAUUAAAAUUCAGACGCUGACAUCAGAUCACAAAUCUAAGGUCAAGGAGAUUGUAGCACAGCACACAAAGGAGUGGUCAGACAUGAUCAACACCCACAGUGCGGAGGAGCAGGAGAUCCGGGACCUGCACCUCAGCCAGCAGUGCGAGCUGCUCAGAAAGCUCCUGAUCAGCGCCCACGAGCAGCAGACCCAGCAGCUGAAACUGUCCCAUGACAGGGAAAGCAAAGAGAUGCGAGCACAGCAAGCUAAGAUUUCUAUGGAAAACAGCAAAGCCAUCAGCCAAGAUAAGUCCAUCAAGAAUAAAGCAGAACGGGAAAGGAGAGUCAGGGAGUUAAACAGCAGCAACACAAAAAAGUUUCUGGAAGAAAGAAAGCGACUUGCCAUGAAGCAGUCCAAAGAAAUGGAUCAGUUGAAAAAAGUCCAGCUUGAGCACCUCGAAUUCCUAGAGAAACAGAAUGAGCAGCUUUUGAAAUCCUGUCACGCAGUGUCCCAAACGCAAGGCGAAGGAGAUGCAGCAGAUGGUGAAAUUGGAAGCCGAGAUGGACCGCAGACCAGCAACAGUUGUGUGAAACUCCAGGACACAAACUGAAACCACAGAACUGCCGCGUCAAAGAGCACCCCCCAGCUUCUGAACACAGAUUCCAGGGAAGAAAGCUGAUGUCUUCUGCAUUUCUUUCUCACGUAGACAAAGUGUCACCUGAAACCACAGAGACUUACUUCUCUUAAACAUUCUGAACACUGAAUUUCCUUGGCCAACCAAAAGUAGUUACAAAUCCCCCAAAAUUGCGACUCCAGUAAGGCAGAGUUUACCCGUUGAUCAUACCACUUCAACAUGUUUGCUAGAAAAUAUCAUCACAAGUAAAUGAGCAUGGUGUUAAAAACUCUGCUUUGUGAUGCGUUAAGACAUGUUUGAGCAGCAGCAAAAGUAGUGCAUUAGCCAUGUAAUAGCAAGCACAUGCACUGGGGUGGGGAGGGCGGAACUCUACAAAUUUAUUAGCAGCAGUGAUGAUCUGCUAGACAAAUAAUUGGGGGGGAAUUUUUCUACAUCUGAGUUACCUCAUCAGUAAGUGCCAUGUCUCCACCAUGCCAUCCGAAGCUAAUUUACUGUAAGUCAUGGAAAUGCUUAGAACAGCAGAAAAAUAGAACCGAGUCCUUGUGCCAAAACCCACUGUGCUCACAGGGAGAACUCUCAGGCACGUUUAAGAAGCUGACAUCUGACAUUGCUUCCUAGGAAUUGCUUCUGCUGACCCUAGAUUACUACAGCUCACUUUUACACCAUGAAGAUUGUGAAGUGGUUAUUGGCAACCGUUUGUAAAUGUGACCAUGUAAAAAGUAUUUAUGCUCCUAAUUCACACUGUCAGAGAGCAAAAUCAUGUAAGUAUUGCCACAUGACAAGAUUAGUGAACAGGAAUACUAGAACUAUGUUUGCAUGAUACACAAGCACCAAUUAUGACUAAUCCGUACACAGUUAACCUAAUGCAAAUAAAUACUGGUUAAGUAACUGUAUGGCACAGAAUAUAAUUUGACUCUCAAGACUUUUAGCAUAAUGAAAAAGUCUAUAUAUAUGUGUAUAUGAACUAUGUGGGCAUUCUUGAUACUUCAAGUUCUAGUUUCAAAAAAAAUACAUAACUAAUUUAAUUUUACACAAAAAAUAUUUAUGCAGAUUUUCAGAAUUUCAUAUCAGGAAAUAACCUUUUUAUGUCUGUUAAAUAUCAAAACAAUUUGCUACAGUGUUAACCUGCAUGGUCUUUAAGCCUGCUGUAGUUGUGUGGCAGACAGUGCAUGGAAAAGUCCCUCUUGGGAUGGAGCUGUGCCCAAUGCCCAGAGGAGCGCAUGGAAACUGUACUGGAGAACUAAUCAGAUUACUGAUUUAGGGCCCGACCACCAACCGGAUUGUUGUAUAUGCUUGUACAGAUUGAUUCUGUGUGUUCCUCUGAAUAAAACAGAGAAUUAUGUUACCAUCAAUAUUGAAAUUAAACUUCCAACUUCUCUAAUAAAAAAAG